UGCUUGCUGGCUCAGUCAUGAGUCGAGCUUCUCUCUUCCUCAGACCAGUGCUCCAUCUGACAUUUCUGGUGGGUUGCGGUAUGCGGCGCGAGCGUAUCAAGUACGAAGUGCUGUGGGUGUGUGGUCGUGCGUGCAUGCCUUUGCCUUCUCCGGCGUACGCGUUCACAUUGGACGGAACGUAGGUCACCGGGACAACCGUCCACGCGAGAUGGUGUGAUGGACCCCGAGAGAACACUCAUGCAUCGUAUCGAUCACUAGUCAAACAUUCUCUCGACGCCUGGCUGGCCGACCUUUCCUUUCGCUCUCGCUCCUCUUUUGCAGCCUCGUGAACCUUUGCGCUCAAGACGCGAGGAAAAGGGCGAUUUAAAGAUGCCGUUCGCCUAUCUUCUCACGCCCGCUUCUCUAGCCCAAUCGGCCCUCUUUGCAGGGUACUACGCCUAUCUCAACAUCAACGUGUGUUCCUAUCGACGAUUAAGCGGCGUGGCCAUCGGCGAUGGGCUGACGAUAGGCGUAAGCAUGCCAGCGGCGGCCAAGACGGACAAGGAGAAGCAAGUCGCUGCAAGAGGUCUAGCGAGAGCUUUCAAGGCCCAAGGAGAUUUCUGGUCGCAGACUCCGUUCGCACUCAUCUUCUUGUCCAUCUCCGAGCUCAACGGUCUGCCCUACAAAUGGGUCCACAUCAUCGGGUCCACUCUCUUUCUCUCUCGCGUCCUCGCUUCCCAGCUGGCCCUGCUGGAUACCGAUCGCAAGGAGGCCGUCGCGCAGGACGAGGUGAAGAGGUACAGAGCCGCAGAAGGAGGGGCAAGAGCAGUCACUGGCGUCAUUAUGCUGGGCGUGGGAUUCUACAACCUACGUUUGGGCUGGAAGCCUCUGAAAGAUUUCCUCUCGUUCUGAUACGCACCGCGCAGCCAGUCAUGUUUUCUGUUCAGCGCGUAAGCUCACACCCGCACCCUUCUCUGAGUCCAAAAGCGAGCAAGCUCGCAUUCAAUUUUG